GAAAUGACGUCGGCACACGCAGUGACUGACCGUGAUUCGUGGCAUGCAGCCGAUGCAAGUCAUUUACGUUCCAUUGGUACAAUUAUAGUCGCGGUAUUCGUUGCAAUUCAUUUCCUCUGUUUGAGAUCAAUGACGAGAAAGAAUUAUCUGUGUAUAUAAAUUUUUUUUUAUCUACUGGUAAGACGUGUAUCCCGAAACAGCGUAACAUGAAAUUGUGGAUUGUGAUAGUGCAUAUUAUACUAGUCGCUACUAAUCUAUGGGUCACAGCGCAUUUCCAGGAGGAAAUGCCAGAAGACAAUGAAUUCGCAGAAUUCGAAGACUUUGAAGAGGAGAAGCUGAGUGCACAUAAUGAACGUAUAGUGGAUUCAGCUCAGAAGAACAAUCUGAAUCAGGACUUUGAGGAGGAUGACAUCCUGACUGCAGAUGGAGACAGUGAAUUCGAUCACUUUCAAGAUGAGGAAGAGUUUGAGGGACUGGAUGUUACGAAUGGUAACACUGGACCCAAAACUGAUGAGCCUUCCACAUUAACUAUUACAAAAGUUCCAUUGCAUCUGCGGGCCAGAUGGGACAGCUUUUAUUUAGAGAUGCUGAUGGUCACCGGACUGCUAGUGUAUUUUAUCAAUUACAUGGUGGGACGUUCCAAAAAUGCUAGAAUAGCUGAGCAAUGGCUGACGGAUCAGCAGCAGGUGUUGGUUGAGAAUUUCUCUCUGAUUGGUCAUACAGACAGAUCGAGCGACGAUACAAACGCAGAGGACAACGCGAACAGCUUGAUGAGAGAGAGCUGUUCCCAGUACAGUUUGUAUUGUUCUGGACGUGUUGGAUGUGAUUCGAUGCUCGUCGAGCUGAAAUUAAUCAAACGACAAGAUCUAGUUGCUGUAUUAGCUCAAUUGAUACGCCCACAAAACGAUCAAGCUCACAUACACGUGGAGAUUUCGAAAGAGGAGACGGAUAAUUUCGUACUGGCUAUCGCUUCGAAGCGGACUGCGAUGCACCUGGCGCGCGAUAUGGCUGACAUUAGUGUGUAUUGCCCAGAGAAACGGCCCGCAGACAAGUUCGGUCUUCCAUCCGGCUUUUGCGUGAUGUCCGAGAUCGCAGAAGCGGCAUCGGCUAUCAUAGACACAAGGGUUCAACAUGUCUUUUCAAAGUUUGCGUCUUAUAUAGAUUACAUUCAUAUUAGCGACCAGUACAGCGGGCGCAAGCAACAAGAAGACACCACUCAGUUGACAAUGCCCGAAGUGAAGAGAGUAUUGUUGAUGGGUAUGAAUAUAAGUCUCAAAGGCCGGGCUUGUGACAUAGAGACUCGGCAGAAACUCAAGACAUUACUCCAUUUUACUUUUUAUCUGCUCGAUAAACUGCGACGGUUUAAAUUGUCUAAAGAGGGCAGGAACAAGGCUGAUAAAAAUCGAUGCAAAGUGGAGGAAGCCUUCCUGAAGACGACGCACGCCGCGAGAGCUGAAGCGGCGGCGCAAAAGCGAGAGGAGCGCCGAAGAGCCGAGAAAGAAAGGAUCCUCCAAGAAGAGGAUCCCGAAAAGCAGCGCAAGUGGGAAGAGAAGGAACAACGUAGGUUGGCAAAGAAGCGCGCCCCUAGAAUGAAACAACUGAAGGUGAAAGCCUUAUGACCGAUUACAAUGGAAACUAGCGAGUGCAAUGCGAAUUUUAGAGAGCCAUGAAUUCGUCAUUAUCAUUGAAAUACUCGAGAGGAAACUUCGUGAACACAUUGGAAAAAUAUAUACUUCGUCCAAAUUAUCUGCGAGAUAAAAAGAGUCAAAUUUAAAUCCUUUGUCAAAUUCUCUCACUUCUUCACCCAUUCUCGCGCGAAGUAUCGAACUUAUCGAAGAAAGUACAAACGACUGUGUGAACAAGAAUAUUCUGCGAAUUGUAAUUUAUUGUAUAAUGUAUACUUUGUUUGCCCUACUGCCAGCUUAUAUACUUAAAUAUCAUAGAUAUUUCGUGUUGAAAAUGAGAAACGUAAUAAACUAGUAUAUACUAUAUAGAGAUACAUAUAUACAUACAUACAUACAUACAUACAUAUAUACAUACAUACAUACAUAUAUACAUACAUACAUACAUAUAUACAUACAUACGUACGUAUAUACGUAUGGACGUAGUAAUAACAAUAUCCAUGCCUUUUUUGAUGCUGCAUAGACGUAUGAUCGAGAACAAUAGUUGUGAAAUUAUUACUUGUUAUAAUUAUUAUCCUACGUCCAUGCUUGUGUAGCAUGUGCGCCUAAAAAAGGAACCUAUAUUAAUAUUCUAGAGAACUUUCUUUUCAUAUCUGAUGUGAAUGUAUUGUUUAACAAUUUAUAUUAUUCUAAAUUUAUAUUAUACUAUACCAGUUUAAUUAUAUAUUUAUUAAAUGCGUUUAAUGUUC